AUGGACACGUUUUCGUUGAAUUUGUACAAAAACUUCCAAUCUUUUGGUGCCGUGAAGCUUAUUGAUUUUGUGCGGUUUGAAGAGCUUAUUGACCACAUUCUACUAGACAUUGGCUAUUGGAACCACAUGGAUUUGCCUGUUCAGAAAGCAUCCAUUACUGUUACGGAUGUUAUGGAUGUGCCCCAACAAGAAGAGAUGUUUGGAGAAUGUGGUGUAUUUAUGUUGAUAUACAUGAAGCAGCUUGUUUCAGGUCAACCGAUUGAUAUAUCGACAAAACCUGUUAUUGCCGCUACACAGUUUCGCAGUAGGAUGAGCAUAAUAUAUUAUGAAUCUUCUAGAAAAGCGAUUUUAAAUUAG